GUCUUCCACCCGCCACCUGAUGAUGUGCUGCUCCUUCCUUUUGAUGAAAUUUCUCAUCCCUUCUUUUCUCCUAUUCGCGUUCAAUCCAAGACUAACAGCUGAGAUCGAUCCGCGUGCCCUUUUCGACCUCGGAAUUGGACGGUAGCAUGGUAAAUUUGAGAUAGUUUUGAUUGAAUGGAAUUUUUCUACCCUUUUUCGGUGUGGUCGCAUUUAUUCCAUCGAGACCUUGAUUGGAAUAUGCUUCGAUUCCUUUGCUCGUUGACGACCUCAAUCUUGCGCCAUUAUUGACGGCGUCGCAGUUGGGGCAUUUGGAUCCUGUAAUUGUAUCUCUCCUUCUCCUUCUUUGAAAAGUUUUUUUCCCCCUGUAUUAGACUUUUAUAAAGAUCGAAUUUUUCCUGCGAUCUUGUGGAGUUUCUCCAUUAUUAGUCCUUUCGUCUCGCUUCCGUCUCGGUUCCCGGUACGUAUCCUCGAGUUCCGGCAAUACUUGAGAUUCCCAAGCGGUCGAGAUUAAUUGAAGGUCUGAUAUUCCGGAUUUUGAGGGUUUGUUUCUUGACGUCUCUUCAAGUCUCGGCGGUAGGCCAAAUCUUUCAUUAGCGCCAAAGAAGGAGUCUUUGGAAACGAUGAAUGCUGUCGGGAAGCUCGGCAGUUACAUCUCUCAGGGUGUUUACACCGUCUCCGGCACCUUUCAUCCGUUCGGAGGAGCGAUUGACAUCAUCGUGGUCCAGCAGGAAGAUGGGAGCUUCAAGUCCUCCCCGUGGUACGUUCGGUUUGGGAAAUUCCAAGGUGUGCUUAAGACGAAGCAAAAUGUUGUCAGAAUAUCCGUCAAUGAUGUUGAAGCUGGGUUCACUAUGUUCUUGGAUGGCAAAGGGGAGGCCUUCUUUCUCAGGGACGCUGAAGCUGGAGAGGCAGAACUUGCCUCGUCACCGCCAACUUCGGGGGAUGAAAUAGAAGGGAUGGCAAAGAAUGGACCAUAUGAAAACAUUCAUAGCUUUGAAGUUGAUGGUGGACGUGAUGGAAUUGCUAAUAUUUCAAGUCAGAUGAGUUCAAGGAAAUCUACAUUUUUUGGCUUCAUGUUUGGGCGGAAAUCAAUCAAGGAGAAUGACAAGAGUGGGGAUAUGGGGAGAGUGAGUUCAUUGGAGCGUGCUGAAAUAGCAGCUGAUCUCUUGGAAAUGAAGUGGUCUACUAGUAUGAUAUCUAAUAACCUGAAAGUGAAUAACGCCCAGGUAAACAUACUCAAUAACGAUGAUAUGAAUGUUUAUGUUGCUGAUGAAGAUCAUCACGUUACACUUUUGCCAAAAGACCAUUUUUGUGAUGAAAAUCUUAAUUCUCAUAGUGAGAAAAUGGAUGAUAGUUUAGGGACACAAAUGCCAAGUAGAUAUUAUUCGGAAAUAAAAAAAGAUGACGACCCGUCAUGUCUAGGUGUCAAAGAGGAGAUAAAAAAUGCAUGCACAGAAGAAAACUAUGGUGAACAGAACUCUGAAAUUGUCCUUAGGAAUAAGAACCUUAUUGGUGUUCAAAUUUGUGACUUAGGUAAUGCUGAAGCUGAAGUAGACCAUACCCUUAUGAAAACCAGGUUGAUUGAGAACUUUGAUGAAACAGUCUCUCAUGAAAAUGUUCAAUUAUGUACCAUGGAGGUGGCAGAUUCAUCACAUAGGAAUGAAUCAAUCUCAGAAGUAGUAGAGGUGCAAUCAAUUGACACUGACGCCAAAAAUCCUGGUUCAGCUUCAUUUCACGAUGAUACAUCUCAAUCUCAUCCUGGAAGUGGCAUGGAUGUGCUGUCAGGUAUACCUUCAUUUGAAAACAGGAAAAUCAACAAUGCUUCCUUCAUCUAUUGUGAGACUAGAGAUACUGCAAAUAUUAAGUUAAAUACUUCAGAUGAAAAUUGUCCUGAGCAUAUGACCCUCCUCUUUGGUGGGAUUGAGCCUAGCAACAGUGGACCUCUUUCUGAUGUAAGUAGUGUGUCUCCUGUAACUUCACCAUCCAAAUCAGCUGCAUCAUCAGUUAUAGGAGUUUCAAAUGUUUGCCUUGAGCAUAAUUUGGAAGCAUCCAACUCCAAAACCAGCAAUUCUCUCGUGUCUGAGAAAUCUCAACAUGGGUCCUACAUAAAUGAUCCAAUGGAGAUUUUGUAUGAGAAUGCCUUAUACACUGAAUCAGAUCACAUUCUGAAAUCUGAACGAAUUUUACAUGCUCUUCCUUGUAACCCUGACGGUGCCAUUGUUGUUGAACCUCUUCAUGAAAAAGAAACAGUUCAGAAAUUUAAUUUUGUUGGGUGUUCCACUGAUUUGAGGGAACAAAAAGCUUCUGGAAACCUAUCUUUUUCUAAUUCCAUUUGUAGUGAUACGUGUGAUUCUGCUGAUGUUGCAGAAUCACAUAAUGUUUCUGUACAUCCCAGUUCCUGCAAUUCAAUUAAUGUAUAUCAAAACACGGAAACAGUUGAUGCAUUUGUUAAUAUGACUUGGUCUUUUUCUCUGGAGGGGGCAAAUAUUGAUGGGGAUACUAGCAGCAUGCCUAUAGAAGCAACUCAAUACAAUAUUCAAUAUUCUAAGAGCUCGGACGAUGUCCAAUUUCCAUUUAGUGGCGGUGAAAAUUUUAGCACUGAAGAAAUUGGCACCAAGCUAUUAAACAUUGAGAAAGUUGCUAUAACCAACACACCAACAGAUACAGGAGAAUCAAGUGAGGGAGAGCAAGAUUUGCUGAUCAAGAAACAUAAACUGCCCCCAAGUGGAAGUUCAUAUCACACCCUAUCUCCUUCUAGUCCAAUAAUUAUUCCAGGCUGCAAUCCAUGUCAUGGAGAAACUAGCCUAUCAUCAACAUCUUUGCCCAUCAUUCGUAGCCAUAUUAAAGAGCUUGAAAGAUAUUAUGUUCAUCAAUCACUGAGUUGGUCACCAAAUUCAGUGGCUGUCAAGCAUGAGCUGGAUGCACAUAUAAUCGAAGAUUAUAGUUCUUUGGAGUUGAAGGCAGAGCCUCAGAGAGAAUGUAUAAAUAGAGAGAAAUCAACUGGUACUGAUCCUGCUAUUUCUGCAAAGAAUGAGGAACAGGAAGGGUUAUCACUCCAUAAGAAUGUCUUGUUUGAAGGUACAGGAACUCAUGCAGCUCAACAAGUAUCUGAUGCUGAAAAGGGAAAAUUGUCUGAUCCUCUUGGUAUGACACCAGUGGAUGAAUCUGUGAAAAAAUAUGGAACUUCAAGAAGCCUUGCAGCAUCUCGAAGCAGUUGGAACCUAUGGCCUUUCUUUAAUAGGUCCAAGACCAUAAGCAAUUCCAAAUCAACCCCUGAAGGAAAGAUGGAGAUGGCUGAUGAUCUGGCUUUCAGAAGCACAGGAAACAUGACUCUGGAAAGUAGCGCUCCGAAAGAGAAGGGAUCAAAGAAGCUUCAGUCAUUAACUCCGACGACUGAAGAACUCGCUUCCUUGAAUCUUAAGGAAGGAAAAAAUGUGGUUAAAUUUAAUUUUUCUACUCCAAUGCUUGGACUGCAGCAGGUUGAUGCAAGGAUUUACCUUUGGAAAUGGAAUACACAGAUUGUUAUCUCAGAUGUAGACGGAACUAUUACCAAAUCAGAUGUUCUUGGACAGUUUAUGCCUUUGAUGGGUGUAGAUUGGUCCCAGACUGGUGUCACUCAUUUAUUUUCUGCAAUCAAGGAAAAUGGAUAUCAAUUGCUCUUUCUCAGUGCCCGUGCAAUUUCACAGGCUCAUUUAACAAGACAAUUUCUUUUCAAUCUAAAACAGGAUGGAAAGGCUUUGCCUGAUGGCCCAGUUUUCCUAUCUCCAGAUGGCCUCUUUCCUUCACUUUACAGGGAAGUUAUUAGAAGAGCCCCUCAUGAAUUCAAGAUCUCAUGUCUUGAGGUUAUCAAGUCGCUUUUCCCACCUCAUUGCAGUCCAUUUUAUGCUGGCUUUGGAAACAGGGACACCGAUGAGAUUAGUUAUCUCAAGGUUGGAGUUCCACCAGGCAAGGUCUUCAUUAUCAAUCCCAAGGGUCAGAUUGCAGUAAAUCGUGUAGCUAAUACAAGAUCAUAUGCUUCACUGCAUGACCUAGUAAAUGGAGUUUUCCCAGCAGUGUCCUCAUUUGAACAAGAGGACUAUAAUUCAUGGAACUAUUGGAAAUUGCCUCUCCAUGAAGUAGAUAUAUGAUCCUGACAUCAAUCUUUUACUCCACAAAGGAAAUUGGCACGUGAAACUCUGACUGUCAUUGAAAGGGUUUUAGUAAGGAACUGCCGUUUUCUCAUUUCUAUCGCUGUGAAGAUUACAGACUGAUCAGAAUGACAAAGCUGGAAAGGUGGUGCAAGCGCAACUAUACACAUCAAAUAAUAGAGAAAAAUGAAAUUCAUGCAUUAUUUGGAUGGCAUAGAUAGUUUACCUCAUUUGGGAGUUUGACUUUCUUCUCCUUAAGUAUAUAGAGUAUGAACUGACAAUGUUCAAUCUAGGUAGGUAAACUAGGGUUUACAUGUACACAAGAUGUACCAUAUAGGAGGGUGAUAAUAAACUGUUUUAGUUCGAUUCGUUGCGCCCCAAUUGUCUUAUUUUCUGCUAACUUAUGGAGAACCUUGGACAGCUGAAUAAAGUUUGGGAUCCUUUCUGUAAAUAUCAAACACUGGCUUAGGCAUACACAGUAUCUUUAUCCUUUUCAUCUUUCAUGUUCAACUCCAAGACUCAUCAGCUGCCUAGCAAAAAUCCUGAAAUGUCUCAACUAUGGCAAUUUACUGGUUAUUGAUCAAUGCAUUCUACCUAGUGGUUGGAGUUGGGCACUGCAUGUAGACACCAGCAAGUCAGAGACGUGGAUCAUUGAUUCACAACAAAUAUAUGCAUAUAGUAUGAGGUUUAUGGCCAAUGUAACUCUUAUUGUACACAUUAGCUACUUUGUGACACAAAGGUAGUAGAAUUUUUGAUGUACUAGAAAAUGGAUAUAUAUCAAGUUUAUUCUACGUGGGAAAUCCACCAUACUGCCAUAAAAAGGAAUGAUCUUUUCUUUGUUCAACUUAUUCUAAGCAGAAUGUAAGUGGUGUUGUAUGUUCAUGUAGAUGGUCAAAACAUUGUUCUGAUUCAUAGGUA